AUGACUCAACCUCUCCGCAACUUGAGUAGCAAUGUCACGAUUCUUUCGCGUACCAUAUCUUCUGGUGUCGAUUUCUCGGAUUAUCAACUUCGCAAAGAUUUGUAUGACCACAUAAAGACCAUCGUUCAUCAACUGCGAUCGGAUGCCAAUGUGACUUGUCCUCCCCUCGUCGUAAUAUAUUACGCCAUUCGUAACAUUCUUGAGCCAACCUUGCUUAAAAAUCAAAUACUCGACUUGUUGACUCUCCUCGCUCAUGUGAAUGUGGCACGGAAACAUACAAUCUCAGCUACUAAAAACGUCUUGAACUGGAACACCGUUUAUAAAACAUGGCCCAAGGAGAAUGUGCGGACGCUAUCGCGCGCUGACCAGGAACUGCUGGAGGGCUUCGUCUACGAGAGUGUUGGUCUGCAGAGCACGUACAGAGACGUUGUUCAUGCGUGCUUCAAGCUCGACAUAUACCACACUUUUGUUAGCGGAGCGUCCAAUGAAGCGUGGUUAAACCUGCUCAAGAUCUAUUUUCCCCACCAGUUCGAAGGCUUCUGCGCCCAAGCGGUGAAGCAGGGAGCAGCGGAGAUCAGUGCCUCCUGUCUCUUUCAUUAUGACCUCAGCGAGGAAGAGCACAAGAGCAACGAUGAUGUCGGCAUGCAAUGCGCACUGUUUGCUAGCAAUGCUAGCUGCUACUUGGAAAGUCCAGCUGAGUACUGCAAGCAGCUGGGAGUUUCUCCGGAAUCCACAUUUGAAGAGCUUUUCCCUCGUCCGAGCGAAGAUGCCCUCCGAGUGUUAGUCUAUUUGUAUCUGGCGAAGGUCGAAGAGAUAGUCAACACACUGGAGAGUAUGUUUGGAAAUAACCGAGAAAGAUGA